UUCGAGUCUCAGCUCUCCUACUCGACUUGACCUUGAUCCUCGAGAAAGCCCUCCGACUGAGUUCACUGCGUGCGAACCAACAACCUCACUCGGCAAGAAAAAGAGCCUUUACACCAAGCUUGGAAACAACUAUCCCGAGUCCUGCUACUGGUAAACCACCAUGAGCGGGCAAGUUUGCACCAGUGGUCUGAGAGGGCUGGCUAGAGUUACUCGUAGCGCUGGAAAGCCUUCGUAUCUCUCAUGGGCCUCAGGACCACAGAGGGUUGGCGCGAUCAGCCUACAGACACAGUCACAAAGAUGUAUGGGCUCCUGGAGCGAUCGCCGGCUCAGAGGACAAUGGGGUGCACAUCAGAUGAAGAAGCGAAACUAUGCGACUUCAAACUCGACCAUCUCCAUGGCCGAUUACAGAAAGAGUAGGUGAAUCGGGAGAACCCUGGAUACACCCGACUUCAGUCAGUAACAGCCCUCGUUUUCAAGGUGAAUAUGGCCCCGUGGCCGAGUACGAUCGCCGUGUGCAAUCUGGCGUCCUCAGAGACGACCAGCAUCAGCGCACCAUUAUCGAAUCACUACAAGAUCUGCACGACAUGUUGGCCAACUACAACCCACCAGACGUACAAGAACCGACGAUAGAAUCGCUGCAGCCCAAACGAAAAGGCUUCCUCUCUUCAAUCUUUGGUGGAGGUCAAAAGAUGCAAUCCAGCUUACAAAUGCCCGACGACCUACCAAAGGGCUUGUACAUGUAUGGCGAUGUUGGUAGCGGCAAGACCAUGAUGAUGGACCUUUUCUACGACACGUUGCCCGGAAACAUCAAGAGAGCCACUCGCAUUCAUUUCCACAACUUCAUGCAGGAAGUCCACCGAGACUUGCACAAAGUCAAGAUGCAGCACGGUCAGGACAUUGAUGCUAUUCCUUUCGUGGCCGCUCAUAUCGCCAAACGCAGCAGUGUGCUCUGCUUUGACGAGUUCCAGUGUACAGAUGUGGCAGAUGCCAUGAUCCUGCGAAGACUGGUUGAGUCUUUGAUGAACCAUGGCACAGUCAUUGUCACCACCAGCAACCGUCAUCCCACAGAGCUUUACAAGAAUGGUGUACAGCGCGAAUCCUUCGUUCCUUGCAUUAAUCUUCUCCAACGACAAUUGCGUGUUCUCAACCUCGAUUCUCCUACCGACUACCGCAAGAUCCCUCGCCCUCCGUCAGGUGUUUACCAUUUCCCACUCAAUAUGGCUGCGAGUACUCAUAUCACACAUUGGUUCAAGUACCUCGGUGACUUCGAGAACGACCCUCCUCACCCAGCCGAACACUACGUCUGGGGGCGACCUAUUCAGGUUCCUGAAGCAAGUGGAAAGGCUGCACACUUUGAUUUCAACGAACUCAUCGGCCGUGCGACUGGUGCUGCCGACUACAUUGAGCUUGUUCGCAACUACGACGCUUUCAUCGUUAGCAAUGUGCCGCAGAUGGACCAUCGCAGCCGUGACAGAGCUCGCCGCUUCAUCACAUUCAUCGAUGCCGUCUACGAAUCACAGGCCAAACUUGUUCUCACAUCCGCUGUGCCACUGACAGAGCUCUUCCUCUCGCGCGAGGAAGUCGACGCAGCGAUCAAGCAAGCGGCAGACAAGGGCGACAGCAAUGCGAAGGCUGCUUUACACGAUGGCUCAGAUGUCGAUGAUGUGAUGCGUCAGAUGAUGGACGAUCUAGGCAUGAACAUGAAUAUGCUGAAGAAGAGUAAUUUCUUCUCCGGCGAUGAAGAGGCAUUUGCAUUCGCUCGUGCAUUGUCUCGUCUUUCUGAGAUGGGCUCGCAGAUGUAUGUCGAGCGUGGCAUGGGACUCGAGCACAAAGGCGGCAAGAAGGAGAAGGAACACUUCUCAAAAGUCAGGAGUAAGUGGAAGGAGGAUAGCAUGUAGAGCCUGCUAUCGAUCAAGUCCUGUGACGACUCGGAUAUAGCAUGGCACUCUCGAGCAGGAUAGGAUUUUGGUUUCUCAAGCGUAUACGCCUCAACAAACUUCAUAUAUACAUUGUGAAUUAGACAUGCUUCACAAGCAAGUAGACGAGUCUAUGGACUUUCCGUAAAGCGAGGCUCCAUCAGACACACGAUCGAAAUAUAGAUCAUGUCUUCUGAAAUCUGCGCUCCCCUCUUCGAGCGAAUAUAGCAAAUAUGCUUUUGGUGACAGGCCUCAGAUAUGUGUCAUGUUGAGAUCAAGUCCACAG